CUUGUUCUGAUGCGCAUGCGCAGUGGAGAUAUUAUAUUCCUUCACUAGGUUUAGGUUAAGUUUUUGAGAAGCUGCUCAGUCACACAGUGUUAACCGAAUAAAAGUUUUCCUUUCUAAACUAAAUAAAUCCCGUCAGUUUGUAAGGAUGUGUUUGUGAAACUCGACGGCUCCGAGCGCCAGGCGUUGAAGCGGUUGGAUGUUUAGCGGUUGGGGAAAGGUUGUUUUCCAUGGAUGAAGGUUCUUCUGGGAAAAUGAACGGUUAUUAUUAGGGUUAUUAUUACCUUACUAAGGCUGAGCGAUGGCUGAUGGGUUUCUCUACGAUGGAGAUGUGGAGUCGGACCAGAGUUUCCUUGCUUCUUCUGAUCCGUCCAAGUCUGGAACCGAAGCUUCAUCUCCGGAUGGAUCUGAUCCCUCCACUAACCCUCCUGAAUCCACACAUCUGCUCAGUGGGAAUCAGCUGGAGGAUCUGGAUCGCUAUGACCCACUCGAGCCCCCACCGCUGGACUGGCGGUCCGACUCCUCCAGCGAGCCCGGUUCGGCUCUAGAAAGCUGCUCCAUCGGGGACUUUGAGGCUCCCGGAUUCUUCAACACAGAGUUGAAUGAAGACAUGAUGUCUGCAGCGAGUGACGACCGAGCUCAAGACUCCAGCGAAGCUUCGGACAAAACCGGAGAGCUUUUGUUUCGGGAAAUGUGUGAGAACGAGCCUGAAAGAAAUGAAAAGAGAAAAGAGAAUUAUGCAGAGGAUGGAGAAAUGAGGAAAGGGGAAAACGAAGAAAAAAGUGUGAGACACGACAUUGAACACUCACACAUUCAAAGCCUUCUCACUCAACUGCAUCUUUUCCAUCCGCCAUCUCCAUCCGCCAGCGCCACACACGCCUCGGCCAAUCACGGCGCUCCAGCGGAGCCAGACCCCAACAGCCCUGAAGCUUUGCUCUUCUCCCAUGAGUAUCAGAGAGAUCUGCUGCCGCUGCUGGAGGACCCCGAGCCGUUCCUUCACACGCGCCUGGUGACCCCUGACCUCCAGCCUGGUCUCAGGAGGCAGAGCAGCGACGCAGAUGAGGCCAUCUCCAUUCCUCACAGCGAGGACGCCUGGCACAGACACCUGCAGGACGAGCUGUGGGUCUCAGAGGAGCACCAGUGGGACCAGUCCGUCCCCAAAAACAACCAUCUGGAAGCUGACACACAGCCGGCUUAUAAGAACGUGCCUGGACCAUGUGACCCUGAAGACCUCCUGGACGGGGUGAUCUUUGGGGCGAAAUAUCUCGGAUCUACACAGUUACAGUCUGAGAAAAACCCCUCCACUAACGCCCGCAUGGCCCAGGCACGGGAAGCGAUGGAUCGCAUCAAGGCACCUGAAGGAGAGUCUCAGCCUAUGGCGGAGGUGGAUCUGUUCAUUUCCACUCAGAGAAUCAAAGUCCUGAGUGCUGACACACAGGAGGCCAUGAUGGACCACGCGCUGCAGAUGAUUUCAUACAUCGCCGAUAUUGGGAAUAUUGUAGUUUUGAUGGCCCGCAGGAAGCCAGCCAAUCGCAAAUCAGCGGACUCCUCGGCGACCUCUGCAGCACCACCGAAGAAGUGCUGGAUGAUCUGCCACGUGUUUUCUUCAGAUGAUGCUCAGACCAUCGCACAGGCCAUCGGGCAGGCGUUUGGCGUCGCAUACCAGCAGUUUCUGUACACUAACGGAAUUAAAGCUAGCGACCUGAGGCCAGGCGAGUACAGCGAUUACCUCGGCACUCAGGAACUUUAUAACGGAGACCUGGUUCACUUUUCCCGCUCUGAGAACAUCCGAGAGGUGUGCAUAUCGAAGAAGGCCGGAGAGAUCUUAGGCGUGGCGGUGGUGGAGUCUGGCUGGGGUUCGAUCCUGCCGACGGUGGUGGUGGCUAACCUGCUUCACGGCGGCCCCGCGGAGCGCUCCGGCGCGCUGAGCAUCGGGGACCGCAUCAUGUCCGUCAACGGCACCAGUCUGGUGGGCCUCCCCAUCGCCACCUGCCAGAGCACCAUACGGGAUUUAAAGAACCUGUCGACGAUCAAGCUCAGCAUCGUUCACUGCCCCCCGGUCACCAUGGCCAUCAUCAAGCGUCCGGACCCCAAGUAUCAGCUGGGCUUCAGCGUGGAGGACGGGAUUAUCUGCAGUUUAAUGCGAGGAGGAAUCGCUGAGCGCGGCGGCAUUCGAGUCGGCCAUCGAAUCAUCGAGAUCAACGGACAGAGUGUCGUCGCCACGCCUCACGACAAGAUCAUCCACAUCCUGUCCAGCGCUGUAGGAGAGAUUCAUCUGAAGACUAUGCCGACGUCGACGUACCGUCUCCUGACCGGCCUGGAUCAGCCGGUGUUCCUGUAGGAGCGCGCCGCUUGGGUCACAUGCACGUGACUGAAGUGUGGAGACGUUAUUCUCUGUCCUUUAGCAGAGGCUGACCGUGUAGAAUGUUACGAAGAUCAUGGACCUGUGUUUUAAGCUGUUUUAGAGCUGAUUAUUAUUAUUAUUUAACUGCUGGUUAUCAUGUGUACAUUUGUUUUGCUCUUGCUGCUAAGCCAGUGUGCCUGAAGACAAGCCUUGUUUUUGACAGACUAUGCAUUAGUUAAAUAACCUCGAGUCUUCCAUCUCACGCUUCGGCAAUAUCUCGUUACGGAUGUGACGUUCAGUGCUUUUAAGGGUUUACACGACUCGCUGCCUGGAAUCAUGAACGCUCCUUGGGUUGUUUUUAGCUAUAUAGAGAGAGGUAUAUUUUAAUAACUGCUGUAUUGGAUGUUUAUUAAACAUGCAUAAAGACAUUA